CUUCAGGUAUUUUGGUGCUGUUGUCUCGUUGUUGUUCUGCUAUGCAGAACGAAUGUAUCAGUCACUACGCUUCGCAAUGAUGAGAACUUCAUUAUCGUAUUCGUACUGUCCGAUUGAGAGCGGCCCUCUUCUGGGCCCUCUCAGCGGUGACGAUAACUUCAUCCAACACCCUUUACCUGACACGAACGUACUAACGAUCACACCUCGUCAUGAUGAAACUUCAUUAUCGUAUUCGUACUGUCCGAUUGAGAGCGGCCCUCUUCAGGGCCCUCUCAGCGGUGACGAUAACUUCAUCCAACACCCUUUACCUGACAUGAGGCUUUAAUAAAGCACGAAACUUGUCGUGCGAAGAUCAUACACCAUACCAAGCUGGGGGAUCGAUCCUACUAGGGUAAAUUGUUGAUGAUGUGCAACUAUUUCUUUUGUCCUCUUUCUCUUCAUCAGGUAGACGCCAAGCUUCGCGCUGACGAGCUUGAGCUCGACAAAAGAAAGCAAGAUCAGAUUGCGCAUCUACAGAAGCACGCAACAGACAAAAAGG